UGAGAUGUACUGCAUAAGACGGAUGACGAGGGUUUCGUAAGCUCUCGGAGCUCCCCCUAUGCGUCACUGGUACAAAACGCCAGCGGAAGACGAGGAUAAGGACCAUCAAAAACGAUAACAGCGACAACAAAAAGCAUGGCGGCAUCAGCAUACAAAUCGCCCCUGACAGGUUUCGAUAACGCGGCGCCCCUCCCUCAGGAUCAAUACAACUCUGAUGGCAAGUCGUUGUACAAUCCUCCGGGGCCAAGGUCGGCCGCCUAUGACGAAUCGCCUACGUUCGAUUUUCAUAUAUACUACAUGCAGAGCGACCCUGCACAGGCGCAGUAUGCCAAGGAACUUCAUGAACGCGUGAGGCGGGAAUUUCCCGAGCUGCGAAUAUAUAAAUUCUGGGACAAGCCCGUAGGACCCCAUCCUGUCGCCAUGUUCGAGGUGAACACCUUCAACCCUCAUCAAACAGGGGCGUUGUUCUCCUGGCUGGUGCUGAAUCGUGGACCAUGCUCCGUCCUUGUACAUCCCAACACUGAGGACGCGUACGGCGAUCACACAGAGCGCGCGACUUGGCUUGGCAGGCAGUGGCCUCUCAACGUCGAUCUUUUGCGCGGGCACUAGCGGAUGGCACCUUCCCGCCGUCUUCCAUUAUUUCUUGUGCUUCUGAGCGCACCGGAUCCCCACCUCCCCCUGUAUCAUAUAUCACUCGCAAACAUCAACCUAUGACGGAUGUUUCUAAAAGCAUUCUAGACACGUUCUCAAAUACCGGGCCACCUUGAAUCAUACGCCGCAAUUCAAAUCCCG